UGCGCGUAACCACGGCGCGCAGGUUAGUAGGAGUGUUGAGAUGAGGGUGAACUAAGAAGCCAAGGCUUUAGUUGAACUCGCUACUUCAAUGAGCGACGGACGAGAGAAGGGCCUGGAACACAGAGAGCCCAUCGGACUAUGCCCUCUCCCGUUUUGGGGGGAAGCAGCAGGGAGAGCGGACAGGAGGAGGACGGAGCAGCUGAGGGGGACAACGAACAGAGAGGCGCUCUCAUGUGGGCUUUGGAGAUGGAGAUGACGAACCGCAGUCUACCCGGAGACUCCAAAGUGGAUUAUGGGAACUGCGAUGGCUUAAACAAUCGUAAAAGUAACGAUUUAGCUGAAGUAUCAGUGUCGCUUUCGGGGAAGAGGACAAAUUUCAUGGAGGGAGACAAUCUAUACAAACUUCGGGACAGAAAGUUGUUAGUAGAGGAUAAAAAGCGGCUCUGCGCGCUGUCUCUGGGAGUUGCUUUGCUGGGGAUAUUGCUCAUGAUCAGCCACGCCGAGAUGUGUCGCUAUGAUUCGGAAAGCCUGUACGUCGCCUUAAUCAUCAUCAACUCCUCCAUCACCCUGUCCACUGGGUGUCUCCUGGCUCUUAUUAUAGCUUUCCAUUAUAAAGACAUCAGGCUGUUCAUCAUUGAUCAUAACCAGGUGGACUGGCGAAUAGCCAUGACCAGCCACAGGAUUCUCGUGAUCAUUCUGGAGCUGUUGGUCUGUGUCAUCCAUCCUGUUGGCUCAUUCCGGGAGAUCGGACGUAAUGCCACUUCGUCCCCCCCUCGGCUUUGUGUUUCCAAUGAGCCCGGGGCAGGCAUGAUGGACGGUGACUUGCUUUUAUCAGUGCUGAUGUUCUUGCGCUUUUACCUGGUGCACAGAGCCAUCCUGCUGCACAGCAAAGUCCUGCUGAGUGCCUCCUACAGGAGCAUCGGUUCCCUCAACAACAUCAACUUCACAUUCCGCUUUGUUCUCAAAGUACUGAUGAAUGAAUAUCCUGCACGCACGCUGCUGGUGUUCAUCCUUUUCUUCUGGCUUUGUGCGUCCUGGAUGCUUACUCUCUGUGAGAGGGGGACACAAGAAAUGACCAGCAACAUGAACACAGCAUUGUGGCUCAUAGCCAUCACUUUUCUAACAGUAGGCUAUGGGGAUGUGGCGCCCAAAACCAGCUGUGGAAAGGCUGUGUGUCUCUUCACUGGAGUCAUGGGUGUAGCCUGCACAGCCAUGCUGGUGGCAGUAGUGAACAAGACAUUGGCGUUGAACAAAGGAGAGAAACAUGUGCACUUCUUCAUGCUGGAUAUCCAAAUCUCCAAGAGGAUCCGCCAUGCUGCUGCUAAUGUGCUAAGGGAAUGCUGGCUGUUGCACCGCUCAAACCUAACAAUAGGCAACCGCGGCGAGCACCGAAGACACCAGAGGGGCCUACUGGAGGCCAUCAGAGUAUUUCGACAUUUACGCCUCAAGCAGAGAAAAUUGAGAGAUUACGUCAGUGAGAUGGUUGACCUCCCGAAGAUGCAGAUGAUCAUGUGUGACCUCAGUGCCAAUUGGAAUAACUCUUAUCGGGAGCUGGAGCAGCGGAUCCUCUCUAUGGAGCAGAAGUUGGACGAGUUGAGUCGCUGCUUCCAGCAAACCUCUGAGCUGCUGUUUCAUGUCCUACGUCACCGCAACCCUGAGAUCAGGUGACAUGGCUUCAUACACUUUUAACAGAGACAAAUACUUGUCUUUGGUGUUUUCAUCUAUAAGGGAGAAGGCAAAUGCUCUCCACCCAGCGCUGCUCCAGACUGUUAACAUGCUGAACCACUUGGAGGACUGGCAUACCUACUAAAGAUCUCAUCUUCUGGCCCUGUGCUGACUGCACUGCACAAUGACUCAUAGCUGUAAAACUAUACAGACAAAGUAAGCCCUCCAGUCUUCUUCUCAGUGGGAGGAUCACAAUGCAUCUUGUUCGAUUUGUGAGGGUGAACAAAGAAGUGAAUUAAUCUCAAACCAGGACUGUGGAGAUUCUUAUUUUAAAUGCUAUGUGUAAGGUUUCAUUGAUGGAUUCCUUCACUGCCCUAUUCCUGUGGAAUAAGAUGCAUAUUAUUAACUUGUUAAUUUUAUUUUUCAUCUUUCACAAUAUUUUACAGUGUUAAUCAAAUCAAUGUUAUGUAUGGAGAUCUAAAGGGGACAUAGGCAGGAAAGAAAACGUUUCAGGUGCACACAGAAAACUAUGUGGCAAAUAUUAGAAAGAGGUUAUUGCACAGUAUUAUUUUCAUUUAAAAAAAUAUGACAAUAAAUGUCAGCAACCUUUUACCCAGGGUGAGAGUGAAUGAUGCCGGGCCAACAAGAGUUUUUUUUUUUUCUGAAUAAGUACAUGUUUAGGAUCUGUUUAUGUGAAAAGGUGAGACUAUGAUGUUAGUCGUGGGCUGCAUGAUAUUCAAUAUCUGUUAUUUUUGCCGAACUGUGCACUUAAAUCAUCUGCAUAGGCUGGCUACAAACUAGAUGAUCAGAGGUACAUGGCAAUUCAAAGCUUGUUACAACUGAUUAUAUGUCAAUGUUAUUAUUUUACUAGUCCAGAUGGAGUCAGAGUCUCCCUGAUUCAAAAUCAUGAAUAAAACAUGUCUGAUGUAUUUGAUUCCAGGUUUAGCUGCCUUUGACAGAAUACCUGCAAUAGCCCAAGACAGUCUUGCUGCAGACCAUUCAUCUCUGACAGCCACUCUCACAGAUCAUUCAUCUGAGACACUGUAUAUCUAAGAAUAGAAAUUCAUGCUAAAACUUUAGAAAUAAAAUUAAACAUCCUUUUAGGGUUUAGGGUUAAGUUAGGGGUUAGCAUUUUUUAAAACCUGACCUGCAAAACAUAAUUACAUUAUCUUUGAUAAAGCCGAGAUUACAAUCUGCUACAGGAAAAAGGCUCAUCCUCCAUGAAAACAUACUAACCCAGCAAGAGUAGCUCAUAUUGCUGCGUAAGUUAGAAAGAUAAUGGAGCUACUUAGCUAACCUAGCUAAAGCUAAGCUCACAAAGCAGCUAUGUAAGCGAUGUAGAUGAUGUAUCUACGUAGAUACAUUAGCUUUAGUUACAUUUGCUGAAGCUCAUGGUGCUAAAGUUACCUUAACUCUAGAUGAUGGUGCUAUGUAGCUAAAAUGGCUACUUGGUUAAGAUAGCUAGCUAGUGUAGUUAAAGCUAGGUACACAAAUCAGCUAUCUAAGCUACAUAGACACGUUAUCUACGUAGCUACGUUAGCUGUAAUUUCAUUUGCUAAAGCUCACAAUGCUAAAGCUUAUUUAGCUCUAAAUAACAGAGUAGCAUAGCUAAGAUAGUUACAAAACUAAAGCUAAGCUUACAAGGCAGCCUUUAAAGCUAAGUAGAUACGUUAUCUAUGUAGCUAAAUUAGCUUUAAUUACAUAUGCUUGAGCUCACACUGCUAAAAUUAACUUAGCUCUAGAUAACGGAGCUACGUAGCCCAGAUGCUACAUUGCAAACAUAGCUAAAGCUAAGCUCACAAAGCAGCUAUGUAGAUCUGAUAUCUACAAAGCUAUGUUAGCUUUAGCUAUAUUUGCAAAAGUUCACUUUAAUAAAGCUAACUUAGCUACAUUGGCUUAUGUAGAAACGUUAAUUACGUAGCUAGCAUAGCUAUGCUAGCUUUACAAAGUUACAGCUAGCCACCAUUCAUGUAACCACCUCUGAAAGGUGUCAAUACACAAUUUAAUCUUGGAUUAGACUGAUCUUUUUCUCUUUUUAAUUUAUGAAAUGUUACAUUGUCUUUAAUGUUUGCAAUGUGGUUACUGGUUAUUUGAUUAUGAUAAGAAUUUUGUAUUAAAAAGGAAAUCUUACACUGGAAAUAUAUUGUACCAGCAAAAUUUGGCACUUCCUUUCUGAGAUAUACGUCUCAGAUGAGCGGCCUGUACGAGUCACCAUCACAGAUGAACAGUCUGCAUCCAGACCCCUCUAACCACAGCCAAUAAGAGCGAGUAGAGCAGAUGCCAACCUGAAUACCUUUGUUCAGUAAAUGACGUUGAUAGUCUUUCAUAUUUGUUUUCCUCCUGAAGUAACAUUUGACUGCGUGGGUUUCUGUGAGGUUCUGUGUUUGUAGAAUCACCACUGUGAAGUCAUAAUUACUUUACUGUUUAAAAUCUGGCCUUAUGUCUGCAAUCUCCCAUGCUUCCUUAAUUUGUUAAGAUACUUCCAUACUCGCCCAGCGAGAGGAGAGGAGAGGUAUGUGUGUGUCACCAAGCAGAGAACAGGAGCUGUUUUAUGCAGACGAAAUAAAACCAAACAAAGAGCACCAACCAACAUGAUAACAAGCAUUAAUGAGCUAGCAGUAGCAUGGCUUAGCAGUCACAAAGGUCUGUAAGUUAUCAUAAUUAAACCCAAUUUCCAAAAAAUUGAGGCAUUGUGAAAAAAGUAAAUAAAACAGAAAGCAAUGAUGUACACAUCUCAUUAACCCAUAUUUUAUUCACUAUAGAACAUAAAUAACAUAUCAGCUGUUGAA